AUGCAUGUGGCAAUUUCGCCAGUUUUCACCGCAGAAAAUGAAAAAAGCGCCGCGCAUUAUUUUCCUCUUUUUGGCCUCUCUCUCGGCCUUAUUUACAGACAGCCGAAGAAGAGUGCCUUUGACAACAGUUAUUCUGUGAAGAGAUUCAAUGCGGUAAACUCUUCUCCUUACAGAGAAAUGCCAGGAGAAGCAGUCCCGACAGAGGAUGAGAUUCUGAUGGACGAUCAUCCAGAUAACUCGGUUUUCAGAAAUUUGGAAAACAUUUACGAAAUGGUGCUAGAAGCGAAAAACGAGGUGGACGAUUUAAAAGACGGCGUGACUCAAGAAUACGAAAAGAUUCUCCGCCGCUACCAGAAACAAGCAGCUGGCGCACUCGUUUGA